GUUCCGUGACGUCACGCGACCUGGCUGCCUUUUUAAAAAGACGGCGGGAAUCGCUCUCUUUAUUUCUUCGGUUCUGCUGAGAAGAGCGUUCUGUCCCGCGUUCAUUCGCAGAAAACCGCGCGAUGGUGCGAACUAAAGCUGAUAGCGUUCCCGGCGCGUACAGGAAAGCUGUUGCUGCCUCUGCGCCUCGAAAAUCCCUCGGCGCUUCCGGCUCCGUGAACGCGCACAGCAGCGGCGCGCAGUCGGGCACGCCUGCUAAGAGUAAGUACGCGGGGGGUAACCCUGUGUGUCCGCGGCCCACUCCCUCGUGGCAGAAGGGCAUCGGAGACUUCUUCGGUGGCCCCAGUCGGAAACCAGAGAAGGAGAACCUUCACCCCGCGCCUGAUGAUGAAGAUGAAGAAGAGGCGGGCGGCAGCGGCGUGGCUAAAGUGCCCAGGAAGUCCAGACCCAUCAUUGAUGAAGAUGAGGAAGAGGAUUGAUCUCUUGAUCUUCAGUUUACAUGUUUCAUUGAUGCUUGAGUAUUUUUAGUGUAAAUCUUUGUAAAUACUUUUAAUGGAUGUCUCGCUGGUUUUGUACAGAGGUUUAAUAAAAUGAUUUUUCAGA